UCCGAGAGGCGUGUCCUAGCAUCUUUUCCCCGCCCAGCACGCCGGAGUUGGAGUUAGGGGGCGGAGCCGCAGAGUGGCCGGCAGAGUGCUGGAGUAGAAGCGGGAGGAGAGGAGUAGGACGCUGGGGUAGAAGCAGGAGGGUUGCUCCCGGCCCCCAAUCUCCUUACGGGCACAGAAGGAUCUGCUUGCGCCUGGCACCGACAGCCCUUUUGGUGGGAUCUCUGUAUCAGCCUGCAGGUUGGCAUAAGGGCACUAUAAAGAGGAUUACCCACCCGAGGAAAGUAUGCGACCAGAGGAUGUCUAAGGCUGGAGGGGGCUGCGGAAUUGCCCUUUAUCAAGGGAUCCAUAUGGGAAUGGUCACCCUGUUCUGCACUCUCUGCUUGUUUCUGGUCGCUGUGAACUGUGUCCCGGCCGCCCGGCUGCCAGUUACGCUCCCUGGGGAGGACAGAGCGAGCAGAAAAGCAUCAGAUUAUAUCACGGUGGAACAGCCCCCAUUCGAUGAGCUCAUGUUUACAAUUGGAGAAACCAUUGAGUUGUCCUGUGCAGCGGAAGAUGCUUCCACGACUACCAAAUGGUUUAAGGAUGGUAUCGCCAUUGUUCCAAACAACAGAACAAACACAAGGCAGGGCCUAUUAAAGAUUAUCAACAUCUCCUACGAUGACUCUGGGAUAUACAGCUGCAGACUUUGGCAUUCUACUGAGAUUCUGCGCAAUUUCACCAUCAGAGUAACAGACUUGCCAUCAUCUGGUGACGACGAGGAUGAUGAUGAUGAGGAAACCGAAGACAGAGAACCUCCUCGCUGGACCCAGCCUGAGAAGAUGGAUAAGAAACUAACUGCAGUCCCUGCUGCUAACACGAUCCGCUUCCGGUGCCCAGCCGCAGGGAAUCCCACCCCUACCAUCCACUGGCUCAAGAACGGAAAGGAGUUCCGGGGGGAGCAUCGUAUUGGUGGCAUCAAACUCCGACAUCAGCAGUGGAGCCUUGUUAUGGAGAGCGUGGUCCCAUCGGAUAAAGGCAACUACACGUGUGUGGUGGAGAACAAGUAUGGAAGCAUCCGUCAAACCUAUCAACUUGACGUCCUGGAGCGGUCCUCUCAUCGGCCUAUCCUUCAGGCCGGGUUACCUGCUAACCAAACAGUUGUGAUUGGGAGCGACGUAGAAUUCCACUGCAAAGUGUACAGUGAUGCCCAGCCUCAUAUUCAGUGGCUGAAACACGUGGAAGUAAAUGGCAGCAAGUACGGCCCAGACGGAGAUCCUUACGUCACCGUGCUGCAAUCUUUCACCAAUGGCACUGAAGUCGAUACUACCCUAAGUCUAAAAAAUGUGACAGAGACCCAUGAAGGACAGUAUGUGUGUAGAGCCAACAAUUUCAUAGGCGUAGCUGAGGCGUCCUUUUGGCUCCACAUUUACAAACCAGCAUCAGCAGAACCUGUGGAGAAGCCAACAACAACUUCUUCAAGCUCCACGACCGUCCUUAUCGUGGUUUCGGUCAUCACUGGGUUCAUACUGUUGGUUAUCAUCUUCGUCACCUACCGCGUAAAGGUCCCUUCGAAAAAGGCAAUGAGUGCCCCGCCGGUGCAUAAAGUCUCCAAGUUUCCCCUUAAACGGCAGCAGGUGUCUCUAGAGUCCAACUCUUCCAUGAAUUCCAACACCCCGUUGGUGAGGAUCACUCAUCUGUCCUCCAGCGACGGAACCAUGCUGGCUAAUGUGUCGGAACUGGGCCUACCGCUGGAUCCUAAGUGGGAGCUGUUGCGAACACGGCUGACUUUAGGAAAGCCCCUCGGGGAAGGCUGCUUCGGUCAGGUGGUGAUGGCAGAAGCAAUCGGCAUUGAAAAGGAACGGCCAAAUAAGCCUGUAACUGUAGCUGUAAAGAUGCUUAAAGAUGAUGCCACAGAUAAAGAUCUCUCAGAUCUGGUCUCAGAGAUGGAGAUGAUGAAAAUGAUCGGAAAGCACAAAAAUAUCAUCAAUCUGCUAGGAGCCUGCACUCAGGAUGGACCGCUGUACGUUCUGGUGGAAUACGCAUCCAAAGGGAACCUCAGGGAGUAUUUAAAGGCACGGCGCCCCCCAGGAAUGGAUUAUUCUUUUGACACCUGCAAAAUUCCAGCUGAGCAGUUGACUUUCAAGGACCUAGUUUCUUGCGCCUACCAGGUAGCCCGUGGCAUGGAGUACCUGGCAUCACAAAAAUGCAUUCACAGAGAUCUGGCAGCCAGAAAUGUGUUAGUAACAGAUGACAACGUAAUGAAGAUUGCUGAUUUCGGCUUGGCCAGGGACAUCCACAACAUAGAUUAUUACAAGAAAACAACAAAUGGUCGGCUGCCUGUGAAAUGGAUGGCUCCGGAAGCUUUGUUUGACCGUAUCUACACUCAUCAAAGUGAUGUAUGGUCGUACGGAGUGCUGCUGUGGGAGACAUUUACGCUGGGGGGCUCGCCCUACCCAGGGAUCCCAGUAGAGGAACUCUUUAAGCUAUUGAAAGAAGGCCACCGAAUGGACAAGCCAGCAAACUGCACACAUGAACUGUAUAUGAUCAUGAGAGAGUGCUGGCACGCUGUCCCGUCGCAAAGACCAACCUUCAAGCAACUGGUUGAAGACCUUGACCGCGUUCUUACUGUAACAUCUACUGAUGAGUACCUGGACCUGUCGGUACCAUUCGAGCAGUACUCCCCGGCGUGCCAGGACAGUCACAGCACCUGCUCCUCGGGGGACGACUCGGUCUUUGCUCAUGACAUUUUGCCAGAUGAACCGUGUCUUCCCAAGCACCAGCAGUACAACGGCGCCAUCCGGACAUGACUGCGGUGGGACAUUAAAGCGGGAAAAUAGAAGGAAUGUAGACUUGAUCCCAAGGAUGAAGCUCCCCCAGCUGGAUUGUAUUUUUUGAGCCGUAGAAAUCACUUGCUGUACACAAAGUCAAGAAGCACUGUUUCACCUGAAGGAACUAAUCUUGUGCCAAGAUACAAAAAUAAGCAAAUUUAAUAUAUAUAUAUUGAAAAAAGAGAGAGAAAGAAUGUUAAAGGUAGGAGGACGGACAGGGUGACCUCCAGCCAUAUGCUAUUGAGUGCCAGAGCAACCAUUCCGUGCCUGAGAUGUGAGAGACUGACGUUCCGCCAAGGAACUACGUUUAUAUAGAAUGUAAACCUUGCUCUUCUUUUUAUGCAAUAUGAUCAUCGUGAUUGGGCGACUCCCAUCGGAUCACCGUGCGCGCCGUUAUCACAGAUUUACACUAUGGGGGGGGAGAGGAUGGAAAAUUUGGGGGGGGAUAAAACGCACAAUUGGAUCAUCACCAUUUAAUGUAUUCCUAAAUGAGAACUCCACCAUGAUUGUUAAACUCCUAUCAUACCCCAGCUGGUAGCUAAUGGGGAAUGCUGGGAGAUGUAGGCCGGCAAUAGGCAGGAAAGCAGAUGCAAAGAUCAAAAUGUACCCCACUUAAAUAUCUAAUUGCACAUUUCAUUCACUACUAUUGGAAUACGGCCUUAAUGUACCCAAUUUAUAAAUGGCAUUUCCCCUUUAAGUAGGAGGGCAUUGCUUAUUGAAAGCAUGGAAAAUUUCUUUUUUACAUGUUUGAACUGAUACAUAUGAGUAGAAGCUUC